AUAAUUGAGUUUCACAUUUUUGAGAUACAUGUCCGUUUCCUUCUCUAACGCUUUCCUACAACUACGCAAUCUGAGAGCUUCGACAUCAUUGAGAUAAGGAACUGAAUGGAAUAAACACGAAUUAUAUAUUUGAAGAUAGAUGUAGAAAAUUGAUUUGUAUAGCAAAUAAGAUGUCGAAAUGAAUAUUUACACAUACAUUGAUAUCUUUUUUGUGAUUUUUCCGAUUGUUAAUAGCCAAUUUUUGGGCUAUGAUAUUUUGGAACAUUAUAAAAAUCUAUUGAAUACUAAUAGACUUUCACCAAACUGUGAGAAAGCUGUGAAUUUAUUUUUAAAUAAGCUCAAUCAAAGCAACAUACCCGACGAUGAUAUUUGGGCAUUGGAAAUGUUGGAUGCGAUUCCUAAAUCUCCGGUAGGUCUCCUUUCAUAUAACAUGGCACAACUUGGUGAUUUCGAUGAAUGUAUUCGUAUACAUUCAAAGGAAUAUAACAUUAUGGGAAAAUAUUGUCUAGGAAAAACUUUAAUCAAUAAUUCAGCUAUUGAUUCUACUUCCAAAUUUGGGCGUAAUCAGUUUUUUCUGGUUACUCUCAUGAAAAAAGCAUCAGAUGGACUACAAAAAAUUAGGAGAUCUGGUUGGGCAACGUGUUUACCCAGUAAUUGCACCGAAAACGAUAUCAUAAAAAUAAUGAAUAUGUCAGAAUUUUCUGGUAUUAGUGUGAGUGAUCUAGUUUGUCAGACAAUGGAUGAAGUAUAUCCAGAAUUGGAUAGAUAUGCUCUAAUAGGCAUAUCAGUCUUCAGUUUACUUUUUGGGUUGACAAUCAUUUCAACCCUAAUAGAUGUUUAUUUUGUAUAUAUAAAAAAAGAGGAACUUAGACCGAUUUAUAAAAGUUUUUCUUUAUAUACGAAUAGUGGAAUUCUCUUAUCAAUUCCGAAUCGUAGUGAAAAUCUUUCUUGUCUCGAUGGAAUGAGAGUCCUGAGUAUGUUAUGGGUUCUAUGGUUCCACGUAUUUUAUCACUUCAUAUCAAGACCAUUAGUGAACUAUAUUGACGUCAUUAACUUUAUAGAUUCUACGUAUGGAAUGCUGUUGAUGCAUGCAGAUUUGGCUACAGAUACUUUUCUAUUAAUUGGAGGUACUUUGGUUACUUACUCGUUUUUUAAAAUAAGAAAAGAACAUAAAAUGACAGCAUCCCGUGUUCUCAAACAUUAUCUUCAUAGAUAUAUUCGGUUGACUCCAGUUUUAGCACUUGUAGUAAUAUUUGAUAGUACUCUGAUUAGAUACAUGGGCUCUGGACCUAUAUGGGAUACUAUAGACAAGCUAUUGGUGAAACCUUGUAAAACUUAUUGGUGGGCACCUUUACUUCAUAUUCAGAAUAAAGUCAACCAUGGAGAUAUGUGUGUUAGCCAUUCCUGGUAUGUUGAUGUGGAUAUGCAACUAUACAUUUUAUCACCGUUCAUAUUCUGGUUACUCAAAUUCAAUACUAGACUUGGUAUUGGCGCAUUAACCCUUGCUACUUUUGGUUCUAUCACUUCAGGUUUCUAUAUAGGAUAUACAGAAAAUAUGUAUGCACUACCGGAUCAGGAUAAAAUAAGUUUUUUUCAUUCAUACUUCAAUGAUUACUAUAUGCAAACUGAGACCAGGGCUGCAGCUUGGCUAUUAGGAGCAAUUUUUGGUUAUUUUUUAGCUCAGGAUGCAUACAUCAAUGUGAAAUUGCCAAAGAAAUAUACAAUUUUUCUAUGGGUGACAACAAUAAUAAUAGUUACCAUGUGUGUAUUUGGUGGUCAUGAUCUAUACAGAUGUAAGAAUACCAACAAAGUUCUCAAUGCACUAUACAUUGCUCUGAAUAGACCUAUAUUUUCCAUGGGAAUCAUAUGGAUGAUAUGGGCUUGCGCAACAAAUCAUGCUGGUGUAAUCAAUUCAUUUCUAUCUCAUCCUGUCUUCCAAUUUUUAAAUAAGUUCACAUAUAGCUUUUAUAUUAUACAUAUGGGUUACUCAUAUAUUGCUUUCGAUUCGAUAAAAACUGCAAUGUAUUUCAGUUUGUAUAAUAUGACUUUCUGGUUUUGUCAAAUACUUUUAGCAUCAUUCGGAUUUUCUGUAAUAAUAAUACUUUUAAUAGAGAUUCCGUUUGUAAAAUUGGAGAAAAUUAUGAUUUGAAGAAACUGGAUACGCUUUCGAGAGAAUUAGCCACCUGGUUAAACCCUCAUUUUGAUUUAUGUGAGAAAAGAAUGUAUUAAAGAAUAGUUAUCAGAAAAUGAAAAUUUUUCUAUAAAAAGAUCAAUCCUUCAUAAUUUAUUCCUUGAACAAUGUCUCAGAUGAAUCCAAAGAUUUCAAUAUGACUCAUAACACAAUUUAACGUUUGAAAUGAGAUCAUACCA